CUGUGACGUAACUUCCGGCGUGAGCGGCGAAAGCCGGGAGGGCGAGCGAGAGAGGGAGCAGGCAGAAGGCACAGGCAGCAGGCGGGCGGGCGGGCGGACGGCACGAAGGGAGGGAGCGAGAGAGCAGUGAGUGAGCCAGCGAGGGCGGCCGCGUCCCGAAAGCAGCCGACAUUCCCGCCUCCCUCUGACCCCCUCCCCGGAGCCCACAGCGCCUCCGGUCUCCAGCGGAGCGGACACGGCCCGGCCCGGCCAUGGCCUCGUUGCUGAAGGUGGAUCAGGAAGUGAAGCUCAAGGUUGAUUCUUUCAGGGAACGGAUCACAAGUGAGGCAGAAGACUUGGUGGCAAAUUUUUUCCCAAAGAAAUUGUUAGAACUUGAUAGUUUUUUGAAGGAACCAAUCCUAAACAUCCAUGACCUAACUCAGAUCCACUCAGACAUGAAUCUCCCAGUCCCUGACCCCAUUCUUCUCACCAAUAGCCAUGAUGGACUGGACGGUCCCACUUACAAGAAGCGAAGAUUGGAUGAAUGUGAAGAGGCCUUCCAGGGAACCAAGGUGUUCGUGAUGCCCAAUGGGAUGCUAAAAAGCAACCAGCAGCUGGUGGACAUUAUUGAAAAAGUGAAGCCUGAGAUCCGGCUGCUGAUCGAGAAAUGCAACACGGUCAAAAUGUGGGUACAACUCCUGAUUCCUAGGAUAGAAGAUGGGAACAACUUUGGGGUGUCCAUUCAGGAGGAGACAGUUGCAGAACUAAGAACUGUUGAGAGUGAAGCUGCAUCUUAUCUGGACCAGAUAUCUAGAUAUUAUAUUACAAGAGCCAAAUUGGUUUCUAAAAUAGCUAAAUAUCCCCAUGUGGAGGACUAUCGCCGCACCGUGACAGAGAUUGAUGAGAAAGAAUAUAUCAGCCUUCGGCUCAUCAUAUCAGAGCUAAGGAAUCAAUAUGUCACUCUACAUGACAUGAUCCUGAAAAAUAUCGAGAAGAUCAAACGGCCCCGGAGCAGCAAUGCAGAGACACUGUACUGAGGCCAGGGCCAGGGCCAGGGGACUCUGUGAGUCUGGCUCAAGACCGACAUUGCCUUGGUUUGUUACAUGACUAUCGUGAUGGGGAAACUGGCUGGAAGUAGUAAUCACCCCUCUCUCUGUUUUUAGUUAGAGCCUAAUGAAACUCUCAUGUAGUUCUGUGACGUGUUUACCUCUUUUUUCAGGCCUCAGGAACUCUUCUAUUUCCUUCCCUAGUACCCCACGCCCCCCGUCCUAAUUUCUGGAGACCUCCAGGUUUAUGUACGCAGGAUAUUGGCACAAGAAUACUUGUGUUUUUUCUCCCUGGC